AUGCCUUUCUACGAGGUCCAACACACGUACCCGCUCACGCGGGCCCAAAAACACCGCUUCGCCCAGGCCAUCACGCGACUGCACUCGACGACCUUCCUGACGCCGUCGCUGUUUGUCAACGUCAGCUUCCACCGACUCUCCAAUCCGCCGCCACCGCCGCCCACUUCUACCUCAACCUCAACCUCCACUUCUCACGGCGGUGCUGGUGCCGACGCCGCCGACGACGAGGCCAACACGUACUUCCUGGCCGGCGAGCCCGUGGCGCACGACCACGCGGGCCCGAACCGCCUCCUGGCCAUGGUGCGCACGUCGCCCGCCCGCACCAAGGCCGUGUUCGACGACCUCGCGGCCCAGCUCGAGGCCGAGUGGGACCAGGCCGUGGGCAUGGGGGCCGCCGCCGCGGCCGGCACCACCGCGCGGGACCAGGCCGAGCGGGCGGCCAAGAAGAUGCAUUUCAUUGUGUUUUACCCCAUGAUCGCGGCGAGGGAGAACGGCGUGACGAUUCCGGAUGCCGGCUCCGAGUCCUCCUGGCUGCGCGACAACAUGCCCUUCUUCAAGGCGCAGGCCUACGAGCACCACGACGACAACUUCCGCAAGAUGGUCGAGGAGAUCGACCGGCGCCCCGACCUCAAGAAACUCCUCGAAUAAAGGGAAAGGGGGAUUCUCGGGGGUCGGAAAGGCAACGACGGCCUGGGCGCGGAAGUGGAGGCGGCGGAGCGAGCGAGGGGAGACAGACCCGAAAGAUGACUCGGAUGAGGGCGUGGAUGAGCACAAGUGAAAGAACGAGCGAGAAUCAAUCGAGUAUAGCAUGGAAUUCAAUUGACGGCAAUGUCAAUUGCCAACUGUGCUCCACCCUCGUAGUCGAGCCGGUCCCGUACAAUCCAACGCGGCGAUCCGUGAUUGUACCUACGAAGCACUCUCAAUUGAAC